GUUGCUGCAACGCACUCACAAAACUGCCCAAACUCACAAUUUUGGCUGUAAUGGGCCACUUUUCCCUUGGCAAACUUUUCAGCUCAACCGCCUCUCAACAGCUUGAUUCCAGUGUGGACUAGCCCCAAAGAAAGCUGAAACGAUGGAGGACACCCCAGCAGCUUCCGCAUCAGCGUCGGCUGGGCCAUCUAGGAGAUGCAAUGCCAUCAAGUGCAACAGACGUACCUUUUUCGGACUGUUGGUAGGAAGUGGCCUGUUGGUCUUGGCAUGCAUCGCUUCCGUAUUCACAGAACCGGUACAGAGGAUCAUGUCUGUUGAAGAUCCAGAAAUCUACAAGCAGACACUGCGUACUAGUCGUAUCCGUGCUAAGAAAGCCAACAAACGGAACAAGGCGCUUGUAUCGGUUACCUCUGAUGCUACAGAACAUCCCAGUAAAAAGCAGAAUACAACUCUAGAAAGCCUGGAACAGGAGCUGGACAUGUCAGGGAACAGCCCUCCCCAUGUCCAUCUCACGAGAAACGGCGCCAUUGAUUGGACUCAAUACGAUCAUUUGCAACUCUAUCAUACCCGAAAAGCUGGUGGAUCGUCACUCUACGACUGGGCCAAGCAUGUCGCCAAGAAACACAACUUGACAUUGGCUCAGCAGGAAGGUACCGUUUACGACCCUCGAGAUUGGAGAGGAAUGAUGCACCUUGGACGGGUCUUUGUCUUUACGUCCCUGCGACCUCCCGUCGAUCGAGUCAUUAGCAGCUACGAAUACGAUGGACUCCAAACAAUCGGGGCGCAUGCACAGCAGCGCAAACGAAGAAAACAAAACGAUCCAAGCAUCAUUGAUUCACCGACACUCCUGGACUUUGUAAAGCACGCGAAUGAUGCCAAUGAGGGCAAGAAUGGUUCCCGCAAUAUACGACACAUUUGGAGGGAUGGCAUUGGCGGAGGAAAUAUUAAUAAUAAGCAGAACAGCAUCAACGACCCCCGCAAGAAAAAGAGGGCCCGACGUCAAAAGAAAAAGUGGACGCGACUAGCUCGUGGCUGGGUCUGGCAAUGCGCCACGGACUGCUACAGCAAGUGGUUUGGCGCGUGGCCUCAACCGGAUCUGGAACCCCACACGCAGUUGGCAGCGCAAAACCUAGACGAGUUGGAGAUUGUAUGGAUGAAUAGUUUGCAGGAUGAAAAGUACAUGCAAUGGUUCUUGCACCGCUGGGACGCUACCGAUAUCCCCUUGGGCCACAAACGCAAGACGGCUGACCGAGUUCAUCAGAACUAUACACAAGAGGAAAUGACUCUCUUGCACAAUUCGAACCGAAAGGAUGAGCUACUAUAUGAAGCUUUGCGUAAGAAGUGGAGCGCGAUAAGCAAUAUGCAGCUUCAGUAGUGGCACUUGCGCAUGACAGAGGCUGAGGCCGGAGGGAGGACGAUGUGCGGGAAUGAGAUGAUGGCAGCUCCGGCAUACUACUGAGACAUGCUGCGUUUUGGCAUUCUUCUUGUUUGAAACGACGAAGAAGCCACGAACAGUAGGAGCAUGAAAGCCGCACAGAUAGCACACUUUCGCCCAAUGUGCCUUGGAUCAGAUCUGCUUCAAUAGUAGGAGUUCUUAGAUAAUCCACACUGUUAACUCUAGCUGGAGUGCAAGUCUAGGGCGAAUCUAUGCCGUGCAUGGACGACUUGCGUUGGAAGCAGCGACGGGCUUGCCACAAACAGUUAGAGCAAUUGUGUUGAGUCGGAUGGAAGAGAAGCCCUACCCCCAUACCUCAGGAAAGGAGUUCAUUCGCUCGCCAGAGCUGCCGUGGAAGACACGACGGCUGCAAGGUCGUGAGGUCAUCAUCAGCGAUCGUUCCGCUGGUAGUCAUAGCUACGGUAGCCAUGACAGAGGUACCGGACGGAACGCAGCAGACAACAAAGCAGUCAUGUCGUCAUGCAGACCCGUAUCUCAAUUGCCCUUGUGAAAGCUACCCAUUUAUGUCUCCGUGGAUCCCGCAAAGCCAAACCCUUUGCCCCCCGUAAUGGUCCUCAAUUUCUUGCCCCUGAUCCCACAGAACCUAGUCCUGAAUUUCGACUGUUCUUUGCUUAAGCCUGGCCCUGGCUGGCUUCCGUAGAUAAUUUCCCUACUCUAAAACCCCCCUAA